ACUGAAGAAGUGGGAUAAUGGUCAGCAAAAGUACAUCCUACACAUCGAAGUUUUCAGAGACAUGUUAGACCGCAUCAUGCAUCCAGACUCCAGCAGUGAUUUCGACUCUUCGUCCAGCUGUAGCACAGCAUCGCCUGGCGGGGACACCCCUGGAUGCAGCCAGCAUCCUUCUGACUCGCUUUCAUUAUCAGUGGAUAGCGACAAGGACACUGAAAGCAGUGCAGACUCCUUUGUUCCGACUGUGACUGCAAUCUCAACCUCACUGGAUCUGAAGUGGAUGGUGCAGCCGACAGUCAUCACAUCUGCCUCUCCAUCCAGCCGUGCAAAGAGCAGAAGUCAAAGCAAAAACCAGUCGUCUUCCCAGGCAGGAUCAAACAAGGCAAAGCCCUGCAGCAAGAAAGGGCUGAAAGAUAAGGCCACCAAGGAGGAGGAGGAAAGGAGGAGGAUCAGGAGGGAGAGGAACAAAAUCGCUGCAGCAAAGUGUCGUAACAGAAGGAGGGAGCUGAUAGACACUCUGCAAGCUGAGACUGACAAGCUGGAAGAAGAGAAGUCUGCCCUCCAGACAGAGAUAGACGACCUGCUGAAGGAGAAGGAGAGACUGGAGCAGGUCUUAGCCUCCCAUAAACCCUCCUGCAAACUCCCUGCCGAAAGCAUCGAGGAGGAAGAGGAGGAGGAAGAGAAGGACAAUGAGGAUGAUGAUAACACGAUGCUGCAGGACCCUCCGGCUUCACCACAGCUGCUUUCCAUCUUAGAGAAUGUAAAAAUACCAGAGAGCAACACAACUGUUGCAGAAGUCCCACUUGGCCAAGAUGUGGACAAUGUCCCUUGCAUCCCUGCAGCAGCCAUCUUGGGCAACUCCAACAUCCUGCUGUGUUCAAGCGCAGAAGAAGAGGCCCUGCAGGACUUAAAAGGAGAUGACCUUGAUGACUUGGUGCCAAGUCUUGAGAUGGCAGCAUCCGUUCCUGACAUUGAUCUGAGCGGCCCCUUCUGCCUUUCAGACUGGGAAACCCUGUACAAGUCUGUGGCGAAUGACCUUGAAUCUUUGAACACACCAGUCAUGUCUUCCAGUCCCACUUGUAGCAAUUACCGCACAGUGUUUUCCUUUAAUUACUCUGAGAUUGAUUCCCUGUCUGAGGGCUUUGAGGGCCUCAAAGGCAGCCUGGAAGCGUCUGAACUAAUGAAAGAUAAUCUUAACUCUCCAACACUUCUGGCCUUGUGAAUGCAAAAAAGUUAUGCAACAAUAUUGUUAUUGUAAUCUAACCAGUCAGAAAGCUAUGAUCUUGCUCCUUCUCAAAUAAUCUUGUUUGAAUUUUGCUGUUGUGAAAACAUAAACAUCAAAGGUUGUGUAGAUGACAUGUUUCUGUGGACGUAUCAGGGUCGACUUCUUCCAUUCAAAUGGUGCGAUUCUCUAAGAUGAGACUUUGUGCUGGUUACAAAAAUGCAUGCAAAAACAAGUCAUCUGUGUUCCAAGAAGAGGUGGUAUGUUGUGUUUUAAAAAGCUCUUACUGUGAUGUGAAGUUAGUUGAAGCUCAGUAGCCUAUAAUAUAUAUGUAAUACUGUUGACAAAGUUGUGUUGUAGCCAACAUGUGAAAAUAGCAGGGUUACUAAUGUGUAGCGUGUAGGUGUAACAUCUUGCUGUAAGGUGUCCACUAACUUGACAUUUCCAUAAAAAAUGAUCAUGCCAUGUAUUUUAUCAAGAUGUAUUUUAUGACAUAGUUUAUUUUUUUACUUCUCAAAAAUGUUCAGAUGCAAAAAAUAUAUAGGCUUAACACUGGAAUAAAAAAAAAUACAGAU